AUGGCUUCUCUUGGUGGUAACAACAAACUGGCGUUAGACGCCAGUCUGCAGACCAUCCUCGCAGGAGUUGCAUUUGCUGUCUUUGGCAGUGUCUGUAUCUUCAAGGUCUUUUCCAAGUCCUCCUUGGAAAGUGACCAGCCGCCGAGCGUGCUCAAGUCCUUCCUUCUGUUCUUCUACUCCUGUUUCAUCAAACCGCACAACGGCGACAAGAAAGGCACCCAACAGGAUGCUCUUGAGAGCUUCUACAAGAAGCAAGCCGGCGCUUACGAUGCCACAAGAAGACUUCUCCUCCAGGGACGGGAGGACAUGCUGGCGCUCUCAGCUGCACAGCUCCAAGCCAAAGCGCAGGCCGAGGCGCAAGUCAAGCGUCGUGGAAACACGAAGCGAAUCUGGGUUGACGUUGGCGGAGGGACUGGCUGGAACAUCGAUGCCAUGUCCGCUUAUGUGAACGUGCCCGAGUUCUUCUCCAGUGUCUACCUCGUCGACUUCUCUCCAUCUCUCUGUGAUGUUGCGCGAAAGCGUUUCCAGAGGUUGGGUUGGGACAACGUCAAGGUUAUCUGCGAAGACGCGAGAAAGUUCCGUCUGGAAGACCAUGAAGAUGGGAUUUCAAUUAACGCUACUCCUCUCCGUUCGCCUGUCCUGAGCUACUUCUCCCAGAAGCGUCCAGAGCAUGGCGGCGCAGAUCUUGUCACCAUGUCUUACAGUCUGUCUAUGAUCCCCGAUUAUCACUCGGUCAUUGACUCUUUGACUUCUCUUCUGUCCCCUAACGGUGUCCUCGGAGUUGUUGAUUUCUACGUUCAGUCACAUGUUGACUUUUCCUUCCGCAACUUCACUGGCGGUCUUGUGAACCGCCACGUCAGCUGGCUUUCCCGGACGUUCUGGCGUGCUUGGUUUGACAUUGAUCGCGUCGGACUUGAAGCUGCUCGCAGGGAUUAUCUCGAGUACAAGUUUGGCACCAUCCUCAACAUUAAUGCUCGCAACAAGACUCUUGGCCGCAUCCCUUAUUACGUCUGGGUGGGAUGCCACAAGAAGCCUUUCUCUUCUUCGGCGCUGCCUCAUGAAAUUAUCGAGAAGAUCGACGCGCUCGCAACGGAGUCACCACUGCUUUACCCCGUGGAUCAGCGGAACGCCUUGACUCGCGCCAUUGAGAAAUCUGCGCCCGAGAUUCGAUCCAAGGCUUUCAUGGCCGCCAUAGAAAAUCUCUCUGCCAAUCUUCCGCUUCCAUCAUUCUUCUACCAGAACCACCACUGGCGCAUCUACUAUGACGACCAGCUCCAGAAGCACAAGCAAUUCAACGACGAGUACAUCUACGCGUUCACGUGGGAAGACACGAGGGUUGAUGAGCGUCUUCUAAAGCUCGGUGCCGACGAUGUUGUCUUAGCCAUCACCAGCGCUGGAGACAAUAUUCUCUCCUACGCCAUGCAGAGCCCAGCUCGCAUCCACGCUGUGGACCUCAAUCCCACCCAGAACCACCUCCUCGAGCUCAAGGUUGCCUCGUACUGCGCCCUUCCCUACGAAGACUUUUGGAGACUCUUUGGUGAUGGCAAACAUCCUGACUUCCGCACCUUGCUCAUGACGAAGCUCUCUCCCCACUUGUCCUCUCGUGCGUUCCAGUACUGGCUUCAGAACAUUCACGUUUUCACCAACAAGCGUGGCUACGGUCUUUAUGAUACUGGAGGCUCGCGUCAUGCGAUUCGCGUUUUCCGCUGGAUCACUCGCAUCUUCGGCGUCAGGCGUGCUGUCGCUGAGUUCCUUGACACCAAGACCCUGAACGAGCAGCGAGAGGUAUGGCGCACCAAGAUUCGACCUGCGCUCCUCUCGAAGCUCCUCUGCAACCUUGUCGUCUCACAGGAGUCCUUCCUGUGGUCUGCGUUGGGCGUCCCCAAAAACCAGCUCGCCAUGAUAGAGGCCGACCAUGCUGUCAGUGAUGCCGUCAAAGGCCCCUCGCCCAAGGCUAAAGACUCUCGAUCCCACGCUAUUUGGCACUACAUGCUCGACACUCUAGAUCCCGUUGCAGAACAUACGCACAUCGCCGUCGACAACCCUUACUACCACGUUUGCAUGACCGCCAACUUCACGCAGCGCUGCCACCCAGACUACCUCUCGGAAAAGGCCCACGCGCGCCUCUCUCGCCCAGGCGCCCUCGAUGGCCUCCGGAUCCACACUGACGAGCUCGACGAAGUCAUCUCGCGCAUCACCCCCGGCACGCUGACAGUCGCCGUCGUCAUGGACAGCAUGGACUGGUUCGACCCAGGCGCCGCCGCGGCUGCCCAGCAGAUCACCAAGCUUAACCGCGCUCUGCGCAUGGGCGGCCGUGUGCUGCUGCGGUCAUCGGCGCUCCACCCCUGGUACGUCAAGGCAUUCGAGGCGCACGGCUUCACGUCGAAGCGAGUUGGAGCGCGCGAGGGCGGUGCUUGCAUCGAUCGGGUGAACAUGUAUGCGUCGUGCUGGAUCUUGACUAAGGCCGAGAACCUGCCGCCGCCGACACCGGAGAUGGACAGGAUGGGAGGCGCGCAAUCGGAUGUGACGAGCUUCUCGCUCUGA